CAUAAUGGCAGGCGAAGAAAUUAAUGAAGACUAUCCAGUAGAAAUUCAUGAAUAUUUAUCAACAUUUGAGAAUUCCAUUGGUGCUGUGGAUAAGAUGCUGAAGACCAUGAUGUCUGUUUCUAGAAAUGAGUUGUUGCAGAAGUUGGACCCACUUGAACAAGCAAAAGUGGAUUUAGUUUCUGCUUACACAUUGAAUUCAAUGUUUUGGGUUUAUUUGGCAACACAGGGAGUUAAUCCUAAGGAACAUCCAGUAAAGCAGGAAUUGGAGAGAAUCAGAGUAUACAUGAACAGAGUCAAGGAAAUAACAGACAAGAAAAAGGCUGGCAAGCUAGACAGGGCUGCGGCUUCAAGAUUUGUAAAAAAUGCCCUAUGGGAACCAAAACCUAAAAAUGCAUCCAAAAUUGCCAAUAAAGGAAAAAGUAAAAGUUAA